AUGACAGCCGCUUAUCGACAGAAGGCUUUCGAUGACGAUGUAGACAGCAGUGCUGGUACUCGAAGGACAGACACUAGGAACAAUGAGCGUCGUCGUUCCGAAGCUCCUCUUUCUAAGGUUCCUCUUUCCGAAGGUCCUCAGAGCAACGGUCGGGAUAAUCGGCCACCCAGCGAUCUGUUCAACGGCGAUGCGGAACCCGUGACAUAUCAGCCGUUGAUCGGCGUUCUCUCGCAGCCCGGAAUUGCGGACAGCGGCGAGAUUGCACGGGUAUUCAACGCGACGGAGGAGAACCAUUUCGCCAACUUGUCUUAUAUCGCAGCGUCUUAUGUGAAAUUCAUUGAGGCCGGAGGCGCUAGAGUCGUGCCAAUUAUUUACAACGAGCCGCGCCGCCAGAUUUUGAAGAAGCUCCGGCUGGUGAACGGGCUGGUGCUGCCGGGAGGCGACGCGAAUAAACGAGGAAGGUUCCUCCGGACCGUGCGGCGUUUACUGAAGAUGGCCAUGUCAUUUAACGACAAUGGCGACUAUUUCCCUAUUUAUGCCGAGUGCCUCAGCUUCGAGAUGCUCACCAUCAUUCUCAGCACGGGAGGUCGCAAGGUGUUGGAGCCUACCAACGCCAAGCGGCCCAGCACGCUGCAAUUCGUGGGAGAAUGGGCCAAGGACAGAAACAUGUUCGCAUGGAUGCGCCGAAGACUGGUGGAUCGGCUGGAGAAAGAAAAUCUGACAAUGGAGAAUCACAAGUAUGGGUUGACUCCCGAGACAUUCAACGCCGAUGAGGGUCUCUCGUCCUUCUUCAACAUCCUAACCACCACUGCUGAUGAGGAUGGCAAGGAGUACAUAUCAACGGUGGAGGCCAAGCGAUAUCCCUUCACUGCACUGCAGUGGCACCCUGAGAAGAAUGCGUACGAGUGGGGCAACCCCAUCUUCCCGCACUCCUCCGAUGCUGUGCAGAUCACUCAUGCAGCCGGCACCUUCUUUGCCAGUGAGGCCCGCAAGUCCAGCCACAAGCCACGAGCUCUUAACGUGACAGCGAAGACGUCUAAAGCGAGAAAGAAUUCAGCAACGCGGACCAAGCAGCCGAAAAGGACUGAGAAACGCGUUUCUCGGACGAAUGGCGAGUCAUGGGAUGCCACGUCAGCGGCGUCGGAGCCGGAUUUUUCGUGGGCGAGUGGCACAACUGUAGCUUCUUUAGGUCGCCGUGAGGAUGACGUGGACGCGGAAGGGUCUGACGUGGCGACAAGAAGCAGAGCAACAAGGGGUUUACGUGCUGACAACAAGCAAGAGCUUGAAAAUGCGGGUACCGCUUCUGUCGCCGCGGCAGUCGCCGCAUCAACCGCUGUCCUUGAAGCUGCACCAGUCGUUAGAGAGGAGGAUAAGGCAGGGAUAGUCGCAGGCAAGCCCGCUGCUGACGUGGCUAGAGAGCGAGGACAGGAUGAGGAAGAGGAAGAGGAAGAGGGAGAGGAAGAGGAAGAGGAAGAGGAGUGGGAUGAGGAUUGGGAGGAGGAAGAAGAGGGAGAGGAGGAAGAUGUGAGGGUAGAGUUGUGGGAGGGUGAUUUACCCCCGAUGACGGAGGAGGAGGAGCGGGAGCUGCUUCUAGAGGCGGAGCGGGAAAUCGCGGAACUGGAGGCGGAGAAAUUGGCGGGAGUCGCGCCCGCGGCGGGGCGCAUGGUGGACGGCGAUUGGCUGCAGGAAGACGGGGAGAUCGGCGCGGAGGCGGGGCGGGAGAUGGGCGCUGGGGAAGCGGCGCGUGAGGAAGGGGCGGAGGCGGAUAAGGGCGCGGGGGAAGAGGCGGGGGGAGCGGUGGUGGACAUGGAGGGGGAGAUUGCGGCGCUGAGACGGCAGCUGGCGGAUAUGGAGAGGGAGCUGGCGGAAGCCAAGGCGCGGGAGAGGGCGCAGGCAGCGAUUGAAGGGAUUAGGGAACAGGAAAACCUUGAACCCCGGGGUUUUGCGUCUGAACCCUCAGGACGGAUUGGAGAAAGAAAGGCGGAAGCAGUGAGUGUGAGAGACGAGCGCAACUCGGGAUCUGUUAGCGACGAAAUAGUGGAGGGAGAGGACGAGGAAGACGAAGAGGAGGAGAAGGAAGAGAACGAGGACGAUUUGUCGCAUUUGAGGAGGAAAGAGCAGAAGCGGCUGCGCGAGGAGAUGCGGUGGCUGGAAGGGAAGGACGAGGAGGAAUGGGAGGGCAACGACGCAUCAUCAUCAUCACCAGCAUCAGACGCGGAGCGAAGAGGGUUACAAGCAGUGAUGCGAUGCUUCGACACGGCGAGGGUUUUCAUUAAGGCCGGCGACGGCGGCGACGGAAUAGUGGCGUUCCGCCGGGAGAAAUUCGUCCCGGACGGCGGCCCGUCGGGCGGCAACGGCGGGCGGGGCGGCAACGUAAUCAUUACUGCCGACCCGGCGCUGAAUUCCCUCCUGCCGUUCCGCCGGUCGGUGCAUUUCAGGGCGACGCGCGGGGCGCACGGGAAGGGGAGUAAUAGGCAUGGCGAGGCGGGUCGGGACAUAGAGAUUAAAGUCCCUCCGGGGACUAUUGUCCGCGAGGUGGUGGGGAGGGGGCCUGUGCGGGAUUGGGGGGUGAAGAACGGUGGAGAGGAGUGGGCGGAAGGGGAGGGGGAGGCGGAUGGGGUGCAGGGGGGGGAAGGGGAGGGGGAGGGGCGCGCGCUGCUGGAGCUGGUGCGCGUGGGGCAGAGCGAGGUGCUGCUGGCGGGGGGAAGGGGCGGGCGGGGGAACGCGGCGUUCAAGACUGGGCGCACCAACGCCCCCCAGAUCGCGGAGAAGGGGGAGGAGGGUCCAGAAAUGUGGGUGCAGCUGGAGUUGAGAGUGGUGGCUGAUGUGGGUAUAGUGGGCGCACCCAACGCGGGCAAGUCAACGCUGCUCGCCGCUAUCUCUGCUGCACGCCCCAAGGUGGCGAACUACCCAUUCACCACGCUGGUCCCCAACCUGGGGGUGGUGGCAGUGCCAGGGGGCUUUGACAGCAUGGUGUGGGCGGACGUGCCUGGGCUGCUGGAGGGGGCGCACGUGGGGCGAGGGCUGGGGCACCAAUUCUUAAGGCACACGGAUCGUUGCCGCGUGCUGAUCCAUGUCAUUGACGGCAGCAGCCCCCAGCCGUACCUCGAGCUGCAAGCAGUGACGCGCGAGCUCGCCCUCUUCUCGCCCUCCCUCGCUUCCAAGCCGCGGGUGAUCGUCUUCAAUAAGAUGGACCUGCCAGACGCGCAGCACCAGUGGGGAAGCUUCCAGGAAGCCGUGCGGGAGCUGGGGCUGGGAGGGGAGGGGGAGGAGGACGGGACGUGGUGGGGAGGGGCGGAGGGGGAGGGGGAAGGGGAAGGGGAGGGGGUGAAGGGUCCAGUGGUGCUGAGCAUGAGUGCUGUGACGGGGCAGGGGACACAGGAGGUGGUGCGAGCUGCGUAUGGGCUGCUCAAGAGUGUGCAGGGGGAGAGCGACGGAUGGGGAGACGAGGGCGAGGAAGAAGCUCCCAACACCACGCGCCAGCGCCUGGGCUUAGCAGCAGAGGUGCAGCGAGCGAGGCGGGCAGCAGUGAACGAGUUCCGGGUGGCAUUCGACGGCCACACGCGUGUGUUUGAAGUGACGGGGGAGGGGAUUGAGCGAUUUGUGCAGAUGACCAACUGGGAGUACUUUGAGGCAGUGAGGCGAUUCGCCCAUGUGUUGGAUGCGAGUGGCAUCAACGAGGCGUUGAGGGCGCGGGGCGUGCGAGAAGGGGACACGGUGGUCAUUGGGCAGCUGGAGUUCACGUGGAGGGAGUCAGACGACAUAAUGGAGGCAGUGGGGGGCGACUGGAAGCGCGGCAUCAGGGGAUCGAAGCUGUGGCCGCACUAA